CCAGAUAAUUUCAAUUCCGCAGUGCAGCAACCAGUACUUAUAAUACGGCGGAGGGAAGGACGAAUUAGAAGACAAAGAAAUAGAAAAAUUAGAACACAUCGCGGCAGCGAAGUCAUGUUGCUUCUCACACUUCUCUUCGUCUCCACUGCUGUGGCCAGCCCUCUGCUGGGUACUGAGCAGUGUGCCCGUGGCCCCCCCUACUGGUGCCAGAAUGUCAAAACAGCCUCCAUCUGUAAUGCCGUCACUCACUGCCAGCAGGCUGUGUGGAAUAAGCCUCAGAUGAAAUCAGUGCCAUGUGAUCUGUGUAAAGAGGUGUUGAUUGUGGUAGACCAGCUGCUGAAGGACAAUGCCACUGAGGCUGAAAUCCUGACCUACCUGGAGAAAACGUGCCAGCUGAUUCCUGAUGAGGGCUUGGCUUCCCAGUGUAAGGAGAUCGUGGACAGCUACUACCCCGUCCUUAUGGGCAUCAUUAAAGGAGAGCUGGAGAACCCAGAUGUGGUGUGUGGGGCUAUGGGCCUGUGUGAAUCCCAGCAGGCAGCUCUAGCCAGACUCCAGCUCAUGUCCAAUGAGAUCCCCCAGGUGGACCUGACGGAGAGAGUGGCCCCCUUCCUCUUAAACGUCCCCCAGCUUCUGUACCCCCAGGGGCCUGUCAAACAGGAGGAGCCUCCCAAGAAAGAGGAGAACGUUGACGUGUGCGCGGACUGUGUGAAGUUCCUCAGCGACAUCCAGGAGGAGGCCAAGAGCAAUGCCAGUUUUGUCAACAGCCUUAUCGCAGAGAUUGAGAAGCAGUGUGACCUGCUGGGCCCUGGCAUGGCUGACAUAUGUAAACAGUAUGUGAGCCAGUACGCUCCUCUUGUCGUGCAGCAGCUCAUGUCUAUGGAGCAGCAACCCAAAGACAUCUGUGAACGCGCUGGGUUCUGUUCCGGGGUUGAUCGGGUGGUUCCCAUGGUGGACCUGGUGGCUGCCAAGUCUGCCCCUGCUGAUGCCAUCCCUGCUGUUAAAAUGUUCCCCGCCACCAAAGUGGAGAAGGCCACCGUCGGCAAGCCCGCCAAAACACUGGUGCGUGCCCGUGACUCCCCCCAGUGUACCAUCUGUGAGUUUGUGAUGAAGGAGGUGGAUGACCUGUUGGAGGAGGAGAGGUCUGAGGAGAAGGUGCUGCAGGCUGUGGAGAAGGUGUGCUCUCUGCUGCCCUCAACAGUCAGAGCUCAGUGCAAGGACCUGAUUGAGACCUACGGCCAGGCCAUCAUUGACCUGCUGGUACAGGAAGCCGACCCCAAGACUGUCUGCACCGUUCUGGGACUGUGCAAAGAAGCCAGCCGCGCCUUUGUCUCGGUGAUGGACAAGGCUGAGUUUGAGGCCGGUGGUUUCUGUGAUGUUUGUAAGAUGGCAGUGCGCUAUGUUGACGGGAUCCUGCAGCAGAACGCCACCGAGGCAGAGAUCGAAGAGGCUGUGAAGAAGGUCUGCAACUUCCUGCCCGAGGCCUACAGGAGCGAGUGUGACCAGCUGGUGGAACAGUAUGAGCCUCUGCUCAUUCAGCUCCUGCUUCAGACCCUGGACCCAGACUUUGUCUGCAUGAAGCUGGGAGCGUGUCCUGAGGCUGUUCGCAGGCUGCUGGGGACAGAGAAAUGCAGCUGGGGACCAGGCUUCUGGUGUAAGAACAUGGACACUGCACUGAGCUGUAAUGCGGUGGAGCACUGCAAACGUCACGUGUGGAGCUAAAUAGGGGCAGGCGGGCAGACCAGUACAAUCUCACCCAAGGAAACUAAAGGAGAACUACUGCAGCGCUGCUUUCUUUUAAAACAAACAAACAAAAUCAAUCCUCUUUUAUUUUAAUGAUAAAAUUAGAUUUGAAUCGACAAUGUUUGAUGUAAAUUAGGAAUGUGUUUCGAUCCGAAGAACAAAAGGAGUAUAGCGGUCUCAUUGUGAAAAGGUUUGUGAGGGUGUAGAAGUUUUAGGCCAGGGAUAACUGACUAAUGAUAUACAUUAGAAUGGGAAAAACGUCUACAAACUGGAACUGAUAAAGGCAAUGUUAGUGUUUUUCAACUUUUACUGCAGGUGUGUGGUCUCUUGGCUCAUGGCUUCAUUAGAUACUGUAUUAUGUUGUAUUCAGGCGAUACUUUGGGAUGAUGAGGGAAGGGAGAGACAGGAGGGAAGUAGUUAGUGCCUUGAUUUGAUUGGUUGGGGGUUGGGGGGUGUGUGACCUGUGAAGUUUGAGCAGAGUGAGACCAAGAUGGUUUUAUUGGAAUCUUUAAUUAGCCCUGCCCCCUCUCUAUGAAUGCAAAUGGAGGAAAUUGCCUGGCCAGUGACUUUGAUCUGGGAAAGAUUUUCUGUUUUUAAAUGAUGUUGUGAUUCUAAUACACAUAGAUCUUGAUAUUCUGUUGUCAGAUUUGUAUUUGUGUAAAACUUUUUUUUUUUUUAGCUCAAGAGGAAGGUUGUACAUGUGCGUGUGUGUUUGAUCUUUGACACUGUUCAGUGUUUGUCUCUCACUCUGCUGACUCAGCUUACACAGCUCUCUAAUCAACAUGUCUUUAAUGGAGCUCCACUUUGCCAUGGUAGAUCUCUCUGUCCAGGCUGAGCUGUUUGUUUGCAAUCUGUACAUUUUUUUAAAAAACAGAAUUAAAAUGAAUCCAGACCCACAAAUGUGCUUGUUUUAUUGUUCCUGCACUGGGGCUUCACCUCUGUUUGAUUUACUGUGGGUACUGCAUACUGUAAUUUUUUCACCCUUGUUUCCCUUUGAUCAAAUAAAGAAAUGCUUCUCUCUCUAA